UUUCACCGUAUUUCACGGCGGCCAUGAGUCUCACGCUUCAAGCGGCACCGUCAUCAGCAUACGACCAGCGCACGGUCACGGUGGGGUCGACCCAAAUGGCAUGCGCCGCUCCCGAAGCCAAUAUCAAGAAGGCCGAGACGUUGGUGCGCAUCGCCCAUCAACGGGGGGCCCAGAUCGUGCUCUUGCAAGAGCUGUUCCAACAUACGUACUUCCCCAUCGAGCUGUCCAGCCAAAACUUCCAUCUUGCCGACACCCUUGAGUCGUCGGGCAUCCUUCGCGGCAUGCAAGCCCUCGCCAAGGAAUUGAGCGUCGUGUUGCCCAUCUCGUUCUUCGAGCGAUACAAGCACAGCUACUACAACUCGGUGGCCGUCAUCGAUGCCGACGGUUCCAUCCUUGGUGUGGUCCGCAAGGCGCACAUCUCAGACCGCUUGGGAUACAACGACAAGUACUACUUUACGCCGAGCGACGAUCCCGUCCCCGUGUUCCACACGCGCUACGCCACGAUUGGGGUCGGCAUCGGGUGCGACCAGUGGUACCCUGAAUAUGCCCGGUUGCUAGCGAUCAGCGGCGCCGAAAUCAUCUUUUACCCGAGCGCAUUGGGCAGCAACCAAUAUGAUGUGCAAUACGACCCCCGUGACCAAUGGCACCGCGUGAUGCAAGGCCAUGCCGCAGCGAACAUGGUGCCCAUCAUCGUGUCCAACCGCGUGGGGACGGAAGAAAGCGACGGCGUCCAAGUGACUUUCUGCGGGUCUUCGUUCAUCACGGGAAACACCGGGGAGUUGUUGAAGAUUGCCGAUCGAGACUCGGAAGGGGUGUUGGUGGACACACUCCCGCUGGGCAAGUUCCACAUCCGUCGUGCGAGCUGGGGCCUCCUUCGUGAUCGCCGUCCCCACUUAUACAAAGGCUUGUUGACGCGAGAUGGCAGCGCUUGAAGCAUGCAUGUCCGCGAGCGCCUCUCGACCUCGCUCCUCGACAUGUACUUUACGCCGCAUAUUCGAAUUCGACGAGGAAUAUAACCAGUAAAAAGUGAAACCGUCAAUUUGAAAAUACUGGUCAUUGAUUGGCU